AAAAUGAAUUGAUUGUGUCUGUGUGGUAGGUUUACAUUAAAAAAAAUUUUUUUUAUAGAUACAGUCAAGCCACUAGGAUACAGACACCCUCAAGAACCUUAAUCUUCUCAUCUCUUAUGCUGGAGAAUUUGUCCUUUACUAUGACAAGCUGUUGAGGGAAUCUUUCCCUUCCCCAGAACUUGAUAGUAGUCCUGAAAGGAAUUUACAGUCCACCUAGGGAAACUCAAACUCCCUAACAGUAAUGAGGAAGCCCGACACCCAAAUCUCUCUAAGAUCCAGGGUAGCUUCACAAAGUGGUUUCAGUGUGGAUUGCUGCUUUGGUUACGAGCAUGUCGUCCAUCCUGCCAUUCACCCCUCCAGUGGUGAAGAGACUGCUGGGGUGGAAGAAAUCAGCUGGCGGCUCUGGAGGAGCAGGAGGAGGAGAGCAGAAUGGACAGGAAGAGAAGUGGUGUGAAAAAGCAGUGAAAAGUCUGGUGAAGAAGCUAAAGAAAACAGGACGAUUAGAUGAGCUUGAGAAAGCCAUCACCACUCAAAAUUGUAAUACUAAAUGUGUUACCAUACCAAGCACUUGCUCUGAAAUUUGGGGACUGAGUACACCAAAUACGAUAGAUCAGUGGGAUACAACAGGCCUUUACAGCUUCUCUGAACAAACCAGAUCUCUUGAUGGUCGGCUUCAGGUUUCACAUCGAAAAGGGUUGCCACAUGUUAUAUACUGCCGAUUAUGGCGUUGGCCUGAUCUUCACAGUCAUCAUGAACUCAAGGCAAUUGAAAACUGCGAAUAUGCUUUUAAUCUGAAAAAGGAUGAAGUUUGUGUAAAUCCUUAUCACUACCAGAGAGUUGAGACACCAGUUUUGCCUCCGGUGUUGGUGCCCCGACACACUGAGAUUCUAACAGAACUACCGCCUCUGGAUGAUUACACCCACUCCAUUCCAGAAAACACUAAUUUCCCAGCGGGAAUUGAGCCACAGAGUAAUUACAUCCCAGAAACACCACCACCUGGAUAUAUCAGUGAAGAUGGAGAAACAAGUGAUCAGCAGUUGAACCAAAGUAUGGAUACAGGCUCUCCAGCUGAACUAUCUCCUACUACCCUGUCUCCUGUUAAUCAUAGCCUGGAUUUGCAGCCAGUUACCUAUUCAGAACCUGCAUUUUGGUGUUCAAUAGCCUAUUAUGAGUUAAAUCAAAGGGUUGGAGAGACUUUCCAUGCAUCACAGCCCUCACUCACUGUAGAUGGCUUUACAGAUCCAUCAAAUUCAGAGAGGUUCUGCUUAGGUUUACUCUCCAAUGUUAAUCGAAAUGCUACAGUAGAAAUGACAAGAAGACAUAUAGGAAGAGGAGUGCGCUUAUAUUACAUAGGUGGGGAAGUUUUUGCUGAGUGCCUAAGUGAUAGUGCGAUCUUUGUGCAAAGCCCCAAUUGCAAUCAGAGAUACGGCUGGCACCCUGCAACAGUGUGUAAAAUUCCACCAGGUUGUAACCUAAAGAUCUUCAAUAACCAGGAAUUUGCUGCUCUACUGGCUCAGUCUGUUAAUCAGGGUUUUGAAGCCGUGUAUCAGCUAACCAGAAUGUGCACCAUAAGAAUGAGUUUUGUGAAAGGUUGGGGAGCAGAAUACCGAAGGCAGACAGUAACAAGUACUCCUUGCUGGAUUGAGCUUCAUCUGAAUGGACCUCUACAGUGGUUGGACAAAGUAUUAACUCAGAUGGGAUCCCCUUCAGUGCGUUGCUCAAGCAUGUCUUAAAGCUUCAUCAAUCAAGUUCCAUCAAAAGACUUAUGUAACAACUCUUCUGUCAUAGUAUUUGUGUUUGGUCCCCAUGGACUCUUUGCUAUCCAAAAAAUCCAGAGAGAAAACAGCACUUGAGGUCUCAUCAAUUAAAGCACCUUGUGGAAUCGUUUCCUACAUUUGAAUAUUAGAUGGGAAAAUUAGUGUCUAGAAAUGCCCUCCCAAAAAGGGGAAAGAGAAGAUUUAAAAGACUAAGGAUAUCUUGUUGGGCCUAAGACUGAGUGUCCCAAAGGUUUAUUAAAACAGUAAUAGUUAUGUGUGCAGGUAAUGAAUCAUGACCCAGUAUCGCAGUAUUGUGCUGUUUAUAUACACUUUCUUAGUUUGCUUAAAUGAGAUGUGUGUGUGUGUGUGUAUGCGUGUGCGUAUGUGUGUGCUGCUUCUUGACCUAGGCAAGCCUUUAUAAAGUUACAGUACCUAUCUGUUAUUCCCACUUAUCCGUUAUUUUUGUGUGUCUUUUUUAAUAUAUAAUAUAUAUAUAUCAAGAUUUUUGAAUUAUCAUUUAGAAGCAGAUUUUCCUUGUAGAAAAACUAAUUUUUCUGCCUUUUACCAAAAAAUAAACUCUUGGGGGGGGGGGAAGAAAAGUGGAUUAACUUUUGAAAUCCUUGACCUUAAUGUGUUCAGUGGGGCUUAACAGUCAUUCUUUUUGUGUUUGUUUAUUCACUGGUAAAUCUUACUAUAGGGAUACCUUGCUGAAAACUUUUCCCAUGCCUCUUUUCUUAAUCCCACUUUUGUUGUGAUACCAAAACAGUGCAGUGUGAUAUCAUUACCAGUCAAAAGCUGCACCGAUAGCCCCUGGCACUAGUCAACUCUGGGACCAGUGAAAGUUCAUAUGGACUAAGUCCCCUUGACUUGCAACCGGAUACUGACUUGUAUAACCUAACAGUCUACUGAUUUAACCUUCCACUUCAUAAAAAAAUACACAAGUGACAGUGUCAUUGUUUUCAGGGAUAUGCUAGAAUCACUUCAAUAUAUUUAUCCUUUUUAAAAAGCCAAUCUAAUCAUAAAGUACCCUUUUUUAAAAGGUAUUUGAAAAUAUUUCAGUAGUAGACCUUCUGCUAUUUGAUUUGAGGAGCUUUAUUUGACUCUGUUACCAGAUUGUAUUAUGAAAUGGACCUUUUGUAAAUGUUAUUGCUUCUGCAAAAUCUCUAGAAAAGUUUUGCUGAGGUAUGAUCAGCAGAUAAAGGCCAUGUGUUUUUAAAGUAUGUGUUAUUCAAUUUAUAAAUGGGAUGCUGUUUUUCAUAAUUAAGAAUUUAGAAUUUUAAAAUUUGGGAGAAAAGCAAUUUAGCAAGUUUUUUUUUUUAGCGUUUACUUCCCUGCAGUCUGACCUGUCCCUAACUCUUUCUGGGUAUGUGGUUGACUUCAUGCACUGCAGUGAGAAGAUUCCAGCAGCUCUCUUGAUAGACCAGUGACCAGUGUAGCAAAUAAUUAUGUCUAAUGUUGACUCAUCACAGUGUAAACAUUUCUUCUUGUUUACAUCUCAGUAGAAUAACCACUCCUGAUCUCAUUUUCGUGAAUUUUCAUACUUUUUGGAGAUAGAUACUUUUGGUACUUGUUCUUUGAAACCAUAUUUACCUGUAUGUACAGGUUUCAUUUUUGAUACUUUUUUUUCAGCAUUUGGUUGUUUCCUAUUGUAUACUUUUCCAUUUUCAUAUAUUUGUGUGUGUAUGUAUGUGUUCAUGUGAAUUGGUAUAAUAAUUUUUUAUUCAUUCAAUGAAUAUUUAUUGUUCACCUGUUUUGUGCUAGGAACUUUUUUAGCCUUUAGGAGAGGGUGAACAAGACAGCUCAGCUCCUGCCUUUGCCAAGACAACAUUGAUCAAACCUGUAAUCAUCUUAUGUGUCUAUGAAGGAGAUAAACAGGGUACUGUCUAGAGAAUAGCAGAUGUGAUGGUAGGAUAUGGAGAAGGCUUCUGGGGAAGUGAUGCUUGAGCUAACACCUGGUCUAGGAGCAAGCCAUGUGAAGAGCCAAGGGAGAUUAGCACUCCUGGUGAAGGGGACAGCAUCAAACACAAAGGCUCUUGCUAAAAGUACUUCACUAUUAAGUGGUCAUGCUUUAUACAGAAACCUCUACACAAAUCUAAACUUGAAGAUCAGAAUAGUGCUACAGUUUAUUACAUUGAAGGCGGCCUUAUUUUGUGAUACACUGUUUCAUGUCAUUCUUACUAAUAAAUUCUCUUCCUCAAACCUUUGCUAGAAGAAUUUCCUGUUUGCACCAGGCCAAUACCACUUAAUUUAAAAACCCUUUCUUGUGCAAAUUUUCACCAACUUGUGACCUGCUGCUUGUUUCCAUACUUCCUGUUUCUCAGUAAUUGUUACUUCCACUGCCAGUGUGUGAGUUAUUUCCCAGGUAUUAUCACCUUAAGCCUGCUGGCCAUCUCAGUGGAGGAUCUGCCCUUCAUUGGAAGUUUUGAUGUACUUGAGAACUUGUACUGAUGUUGAAAACACCUGUUGUAUUAAGCAGUUGAUUUCAUCAUAGUGGUGAUUAUGUUUGUGUGAAUAUGUUCAAUGAUCAUAUUUGUUCUUUCAAUGAGAUACUGUUUUUUUUUUUAUCAUAUUUUAUCUACUGUGGCCUAAUUUUUGUUGGUUGCUUUUUUCCCCCUUUUGUGUUCUAGGAAUAGUUUUUACUCCCAGUGAUAGUGUCUCCUCUCUGUUGAUUUUGUCCUGAUUUAAGUGAUUUAAGUUAGCAGCAUUAUUUAGGAUUUACCCUUCAUAGCCCUGUGGUGGUAUCCUCCAUGUAGUACCCCAGAACUGAUUGGCCAUGCUGCUUCCCCAGUUCUAAGAUGAUUUAGUAGGUGUCUUCCCAAUGGCUCCAUUGAGGCACUGUGGAGCCGGCCUAGGACUUGGUGGCUGGUGGAGUGUCAUAUGACAUUUCUUCUGGAAAAAAAAAAAAAGUUUUAUUGCCUUUAAAAAAAUGUUUUGUAAAUUCCUUAGAAUUAGAUUAGAAACAUAUAGCUGGAUUUAGUACCAGUCUUUUGUGCUAAUUUCACCAUUUAAAGUUUUCUUGAUAAGAUCUGAUUUACACAGACUAUACAUCGUGGUACACAGUCAGUCAGUGGACACAUUGAUGCCUAUUGUCUACUAUGAUAGAUGUUGAGUAAUCAAACAAUGCCUCCUAGCCCUCAGGCAUAUCUGAGUCCUGUGAGCAUAUACUUUGCACUCAGGACCUGUUGCCCAGCUUUUCUGGAAAGCUAAAUCUUCUCAUUCUACACUAGUACUUUGUAUUCUAAGUAUAUUUGCAGAUUAUUUAAUAUCUAGUUGUAUUUUUUACUUUAAAUCAUAUGCAGUUUGUUUCAUUUGUCUGCCUUAUAAACAUUGUCAGAUUUU